CUAAUUUACAUUUGGGGAAUUUAGUAGACACUUUUGCAGAUAUAAUAAAAUAUACUAGAGUUGGGGCAUGUGUAGGGAGGGGGGUCUGGCCUCAGCAUGACCUCUUGGCUACAUUCUUUGUGUUUGACAGUCCUUUUAAUGACCUGAUAAGAGACUGAAGGCCACAGUGUCAGUAACACAUCUGGUCACGGUGUUUUGUUGUGUCCUGCCUCUUGACACCCGCAGCUUGUUCCUGGGUGUCACCUCUUUAACCGGGUCACAUUUAUUGUAGCAACGGCCGUUAGCAACGCAACGGGUCCAUGGAGACAUGUCCGUCUGAAGGAAUGCGAGGCGACACGGGUCAGAUGACAGAGAUAAAACACACCGAGGUGUAAUCAAAGCAGACAUUUAUCACCUUUAUGGACUUAUUUCACACCGUAGCCGUCAGGUGAAUAUGGGAUGCGGCAGCUCUGUAAACGCGGUCCAACCGUUGGGACCGGAAGAGGUGAAGGAGGACGAGGAUGAGACGGGAAGCAAACUGGAUGGUCGCGGCGACUCGGCCGUGUCAAAGGGCACCGCGGACAGCGGGGUGGUGAUGGAGGAGAACAGGGAGCUCCCUGUCUUACCUGGAGCGCUGCCCAGAAAACUUCCUCCCCUCUCUCGCGUCGGAGAAAGUGAGGCAGACAGAGUUGCAGAAGACGGCCUGCGCCAGCACUCCAGUAAGAUCCUGGAGGAGCUGCUGAACGAGGGCAUCAUACCAGUGGGGCAGAGGGGCAGUGCUGCUGGAGAGGCCUACAGCAUCAUGCUGGAUGACAGAGAGGGAGUCAGGCGAAGACCUCCGGCACGACUGGAGUCCCUGAAGGCCGAUAAGAUGCAAAGUCUCCCCAGCAGAGAAAAGAUUGAGGAGAAGAUACGACUUGUUGAGGAGAGACGCAAGUUAAGGGAAGACGAGCUCAAGUCGCGUUUGAGGGCAAAGUCGGCCCGUUUUCGUAGCCCCGCCCGCGCCUCCGGCACACAGGAGACUGAGGACGCGGCCGUCACCCCCGUGGGGCCGAUGCAGCACCCUCUCACCCCGGACCGCCCGGAUCCGCCGCCUCGCAGCCAGGUUGUACGGGAGGAGGCCGAGGGCGGCGAGCAGGUGACGAUGGCGGACCGCUCGGCCGCGGACCGAGCCUGCAAGGACCCCAACCCAAUCAUCGACGGCAGGAAGGCCAACGUCAACCUGGCCUACCUGGGGGCCAAGCCUCGGGUGAUGCAGCCAGGCUUUACCUUUGGCGUUCCCCAGAUUCAUCCUGCGUUCAUCCAGAGGCCUUAUGGCAUCCCAGCGCACUACGUGUACCCUCAGGCCUUCGUACAGCCUAGUGUGGUCAUCCCUCAUGUGCAGCCUGCAGCCACUGCACCUGCCACUGCUUCCUCCCCCUACAUCGACUACACCGGAGCUGCCUACGCGCAGUACUCUGCAGCCGCAGCCAGCGCCGCCGCCGCCGCUGCGUACGAGCAAUAUCCCUACGCUGCAUCCCCCGCCGCCGCAGGCUAUGUGGCGACCGCCGGCUAUGGCUAUGCAGUCCAGCAGCCUUUAGCCACCGCUGCCCCGGGCUCAGCCGCAGCCGCAGCCGCAGCCUUCGGUCAGUACCAGCCUCAGCAGCUGCAAGCUGACCGCAUGCAAUAGCAGCCACUGCAACCACUGGACAUGCAGAGCGAGGAGGGCCGCCCCCGGCCACAGCUGAUUGGUCACGAGAGGGAGCAGCGGAGGAAACGGAAGAGGGAGUGGCCUUAAGGGUGGGCGUGUCAUCGACUCAGAGGCAGAGUUGCUUUAAAAGGUGAUGAUGAUGAUGAUGGUGGUGGUGAUGGUGGUGGUAGUGAUGAUGAUGGUGAGGUGGAAACUUUUUACAGUAACUUUCCAACUUGCUGUGCUUCAACCAAAAAACGAGAAAAAUGAAAAAAAGUCGCAGAACAAAUAAUGGAAAGUGAUUUAUGAUUAUUAUUGUUGUUAUUACUAUAAUUAUUAUUAUCAUUACUAUUAUCAUUGUAGUAGAGUACUUAUUUCUAGAGAAGAAAUGCAGGAACUAAUCCCUGUGGUUGGUAUAGGUGUUGAACUAAGCCUUUAAGUCCUAUUGCUGUCUUUAACGUUAGUUUAGGAAACUGUUCUCUUUUUUUUUCCACUUGUGGUUUUUUCACAAGUGUUUUCAGUGAUUUGAUGCCCUCAUAACAUUUAUAUUUAUUAUUGUUAUCGUUACACAUUGGGGGCUCAUCUUGUUCUUUUUUUGUCUUUUCAAGUGCAUUUUUUGGAGUUAAUAUUUUCUGAUAAUCAGGGAAAUGGAACCGUUUCCAACGUGUUGGCUAUUAUUAUGUGACCACUGUCAGGAAGUCGAAGAGUCGUAACUCGUCGUGUCACACAUAUUUGAAGAACUACCUUUUUAUCUUCCUGAUGCUGAAUGUCCCUUUUUUUUUUUUUUUUUUUUACUCUGUGUCUCGACCUCUUGACCUAUGCAAAGCGAACAAAUCACCAGGAGACAAAACAACAAAGAAAAGAAACAAAAAACUGAAAAUGUCAUCAACUCUGACUUGAUUCUUGGACUAAAGAGGGACUUGGCAAACAAAACAAACGCACUGACAAAAGGAGAGAGGUUGAGCGUGGCUUCAGACAAUGAGAAACAGUAAAUCAGUUGCUUUUUCCACAUGUUUCACUCACACACGUACACCGUACACAUGCAUCCAGAGUUGCACACAUAGCAGUCACAAAGGCAGCACAGUUGUGUUUCUCUGUGGCUCUGGGAUGGAGAGAAAGGAAAAGAGAAAGAAAGAAAGAAAGAAAGAGAGAGAGAAAGAGGGAGAGAGAGCAGCUGCUGGUGGGGGUGGACAGAGCCGCUCCAGCGCCACACAGACAGAUCACUCUGGAAAGAACGCAUCACUUGUGCUCGUUUGUUGAGCUGUCACAUUUUAAUCCCCGGCCGGGCCCAUUUGGGAACCAACUUCACACCCCUCUACCCGACACAGAGCCCCACAGCAGAGCCCCCCCAGCCCCCCCCCAGUCAUUCAGCCCUGCAGCUGUCAGCACUUCCACCUCUGUGCUGCUGUAGUCUGGUGUCAGGUACACACUCGCAAACACACACACACACACACUCACACACACACACGCUCACAUUUUCACCAAAGCCACCCCAACAACUGGCCUGCCUCAUGUCUGUCAAGAACACCAGGUGGGGUGGAGAGGACGGGGGUCUGACUCUUUGACGUUAUGUUGGUCUGUGUGCCUUACAUUUUUACUGCUAUUUAAGAGAGAAGAAAAAAAAAAGCUGAAAAAAAAAGAGAGAGAAAUACUAUUUAAGAUAUUUAUUUUUGAGGGUUGACUAUGUUGACGCUCUGAGAGUAGAGACUUAGCGGCGGUACUGUAUUAAUAUCAUGUACUCAUCUCAAGGCAUAUAUAAGUUAUUGAUUAGUUUUAGUAAUAAUAUUAUUAUAAUUAUUAUUAUUAACAUACUCAACCAAAAAUGUUGAUGUAGGAGUUAUUUAAGAUACUGUUAUGUGCACUGUACUUUUAUUUUGUUUUUUUUUUGUUUUUUUUUUUUUGAUUCUUUAAAACAAGACAUUACAUAUUAGCUUAAUGCCUUUAUGCCUUUUGUAGGGAAGAAACUUUAUUUAAAUGCAGGCCUGUUUGCAUGCAUAUCGUACUCUGCCUCUUCUGUGUUUAGAUGAGAGGAAAAAAAAUAAUAAGAAUUUUCACAAAAAACAAGCGAAAAUGCUGCUUUCUCCACUAGAAUGUAUAGUCGUUGUCGAGGUUUCAGUAGCUGUGCUUCUUUUGCUUAAUAUUCAUCAGAUGGGCUAUUUUACACUGUUGGGAAUUUUUAUACUUGAACUAUUUCUUACAAGGGAAAUAUGAAAAAAUAAAUGACAAAAAAACUUUUUAAGGAAGCUUUUCCAUUGUCACUGGAUGAAGGCAUGUAAAGUGUUAUUAUUUAAAUGCAAAGGUCCUGUUGAUAUUAAAACCUUUACUUCAGAAUUUCAUCACCAUUUACUCAAAAAUUG